AUGAAGCCCUACCUCAUUAUCUGCUUGAAAAGGGGAGAAAUGGAAAAUAAUUUACCUGACUUGGAAAAAUUACAAAUUCCUCGAGUGAUUGUUCUAAAUUUAAUUGAAGCAUAUAGAAAAGAAUUACUUAUUUUCUGUGAUGCGUCAGAACUAGCCAUUAGUGCUGUUUGCUAUUUGAAACCACAGUAUCCCAAUGGUUCUAUUUCUCAAGGAUUCGUUGUAGGGAAAGUAAAAGUGGCACCUGUCAAUGUACAUACAAUCCCCAUACUGGAACUGUGUGCCGCUGUACUUGCCGUGGACAUAGGACAAAUAGCAAAAGAACAGUUAAAGAUAGAAAUAAAUGAUGUGAAAUAUUUUAGCGACAGCCGAAUCGUAUUAGGAUACAAACAAAUGUAA